AUAAUCUAACGAAGUAUAAAUCCUCAGAAUAAUCGUAUCCGUAUCAGGCGUAAAAUGUCGUCGCGUAGCAAAAAAAAUAAAGGGAAAAUCGUAGAUCGACGAAAACGACGUUCGGUUGGAAAGGAGGAAAAAUAUCGGCAAGAAGGCGACAAAUCAGAUCCGUCGGACUCUGAAGAUGUUGGAGCUGAAGAGGCAUUCAAAGUUUCGUUCCCGGUCGCGAUGUGGGAUCUCGAACAUUGCGACCCGAAGAAAUGUUCCGGCCGAAAACUUUCCAGGCACGGUCUCGUACAAACUUUGAGGUUAGGAGCCAGAUUUCCUGGUCUGGUUUUGACCCCAGUUGGUAAGAAGUGUGUAAGCCCGUUGGAUAAAAAUAUUGUUGGUGAACACGGAUGUGCAGUCGUUGACUGCAGCUGGGCAAGAUUAGAUGAUACACCAUUUGCAAGAAUGCGAACUCCGUAUCCUCGGCUGCUGCCUUUUCUGGUCGCAGCUAAUCCCAUAAAUUACGGAAAGCCAUGUCAACUAAGCUGCGUUGAAGCGAUAGCAGCGACAUUAAUUAUAACUGGAUUUCCCGAGGAAGCUGCUUAUUACCUUGGGAAAUUUUCCUGGGGUCAUUCUUUCAUGGAAUUAAAUUCUGAACUGUUGGAAAAAUAUGCGCUUUGCGCAGACAGUGAAGAAGUUAUAACAGUUCAAAAUAAAUUCUUGGCCGAUGCUAGGACAGAGAAAUCUCAAAGGAGCUCUGAACCAGAUCUUCCACAUUAUGAUAGUGAAUCCGAAGAGGAAACAGAAACUCCCGAAUCGGUUGCAGAGAAAAUUUUAGUUGCAGAAGAAAAGUAAUAGGCAUUACAGGUUUGCCAUUUUAUCUGAGGAUGGAAUAAAUUGGGAAAGGUUAAGAAAUUCCAUUGUUCAAACUGGGAAUUUGCGGGUUUAUUUCAACAAAACGAUUACUAUGUUGCAUAUUGUUCCAAGUUAUGUCAGCCAAGUAUUAGGUUUUUUUUUUCAUUACCCUUCGUCUAAUUUUAUCAUGAAAAGUUUGGUGAAACUUAAAAAACUAUCAUUUUUUCUCUAUUUGUUACCCUCCGAUUUGUGCUAGCAGUAAGUAAAAAUCAAUUUAAUUUAUUCAAAAUUUUCUGCCUUAAUUUAUCCAUUCGAGCAAUUAGUCCUUUCAAAGCAAAUGACAUAAUAUGGAAUCAGCAAAUUUUUAUCUUUUAUAGAAAAGUUUGCACAAUAUGUUGGUGGUAAAGACUGGGAAAAAAUAGGAAACUUUACGUAAGAAAAAUAAUGGUAGCCUUGGAUUAAUUAUACAUAGAUCAUAAAAUUGUAACA